AUCAUUUGAACUCGUUGCCUUGACCAUGCGCCAUAGUCUUCAAUUUGUUGUGUGGCUUUUGCUGCUCGUCGCCUUGAUCAGCGCUGCUAAUGGCCUGCCCGGUGGUCCAGCUUCGAACCGUGGACCUUUUGGUGGACCCAGCUGGAAUGGCGGCCCUGACCAAUCAACCGAUAAUAUUAUUCUUCAUUCAAAGGGAGAAGGCAAGUGGCGAUAUUAAUUGACUCGAGCACAGAUCAAUGAAAUAAUUGAGUAAUGCCAUUGCCAUUUUAAAGUGAGCACAAAUAAACUUUGUAAUUGAUAGAAUUAUGCGCUCUAUAAAAUAAAGAACGAUUAAUUUUUUUAAA